CCCCCUGUCUGUCUGUCCCCCUGUCUGUCUGUCCGUGCCCCCCCGUCUGAGCCGUGUCCGGAGCCGCUCCCGGUGUUUGUUUGCUCACGGAAUUGGCAGCGGCUGCGGCCCGGGGGGGUCACCGGGGGGUCCCCGCCUGGGCCCGGCUCUGACGUCCGUCCCUGCCCGCUGCCCGGUGGCCGCUGUGUCCCCCCCGCAGCCCGGUGACAGUGACAGUGCGGGGCUUUGGGGGGACACAGGCGCCCCGUGUGCGUCACUGCGUGUUCGGGGGUGUCCGGGGUGGGUUAUAAAGCCGAGCCUGGCACAUCCCGGAGCAUCCAGGGCAUGCAGAACAUGGAGAACGCUCUGCUGUGCCUGCUCUGCCUGCUGGGCUCCGGCCUCAUCCUGCUCGGCACUCCCGAACCGGUACCGGAGCUCCGGCCCGGACUGAGCCCGCCCGGGCACGGCCGGGAGGAGCCGGAGCUGGCGGAGGCGCUCCGGGAGGUUCUGGCCGAGCUGGGGACGCGGGAGCCGCCGGCGCUGGAGAAGAGGCUGAGCUGGGUGCCCUGGUGCGAGCCCUGGCAGUCGUGCGCGGUGCGGCGCGGGGCGCGCAUCGGGAAACGCUGCAGCUGCUCCCCCGGCACCUCCUGCAACCUCUUCACCCUCAAGUGCUCCUGAGCGAGCGGGGACA